CCUGCAAGUUUGACAGAAGUUUGAAUCGGACUCGGGGGCUUUCUGCACCGGCCGGGCAGAGCAGCGGCCACAGCCUAGACCAGCGCGAGCAGCAGCGCCCCCGCGACCCACCCCGCCAGCCUGGAUCCCGGUCCGCCGACGGCCGCAAGUCAGCAGCCCCCAACUCCACCGCUGUCCCCGCAGCCUCCGAGCAAGGGAGCCGAGCUCCGGCUCUGCGCUCCGGUCCUGCUGCGCCAGCAUGUCCUCGGCGGAGAGCCCCGGCCGCACAGCGGACAAGUCGCCGCGCCAGCAGGUGGACCGCCUGCUGGUGGGGUUGCGCUGGCGACGACUGGAGGAGCCGCUGGGCUUCAUCAAAGUUCUCCAGUGGCUCUUUGCUAUUUUCGCCUUCGGGUCCUGCGGCUCCUACAGCGGGGAGACAGGAGCAACAGUUCGCUGCAACAACGAAGCCAAGGAUGUGAGCUCCAUCAUUGUUUUGUUCGGCUAUCCCUUCAGGUUGCACCGGGUCCAGUAUGAGAUGCCUCUUUGUGAUGAUGACUCCACCUCCAAGACAAUGCACCUCAUGGGUGACUUCUCUGCCCCCGCUGAGUUCUUUGUGACCCUUGGCAUUUUUUCCUUCUUCUAUACCAUGGCUGCCCUAGUCCUUUAUCUGCGCUUCCACAACCUCUACACAGAGAACAGGCGCUUUCCGCUGGUGGACUUCUGUGUGACCGUCUCCUUCACCUUCUUCUGGCUGGUAGCUGCAGCUGCCUGGGGCAAGGGCCUGACUGAUGUCAAAGGUGCCACACGGCCAUCCAGCCUGACUGCAGCUAUGUCCGUGUGCCAUGGAGAGGAAGCAGUGUGCAGUGCUGGGGCCACACCCUCCAUGGGACUGGCCAAUAUCUCUGUGCUCUUCGGCUUUAUCAACUUCUUCCUGUGGGCCGGGAACUGUUGGUUUGUGUUCAAGGAGACCCCGUGGCACGGGCAGGGCCAGGACCAGGGCCAGGGCCCCAGCCAGGAGAGUGCAGCUGAGCAGGGAGCAGUGGAGAAGCAGUAAACAGCUCCUGCCUGGCUACUCCUGAACUGGACAGCACCUCUUCAACACCUACGGCUCCCAGGACCUCCCUCUUCCUUCUCCAACUCCCUUCUCCCAUCAUUCUGGGCUUUGAACUUUGGGACUACAGAUGGGCAGGUGUCAGUUAUCGGAAACUUGGGCAGCCCACCCAGUGGCUUCCUAUCCCUUCUCUUGCUGGAGCCCCAGAUGGCAGGAGUUCAGUGCUUCUUGUGUACUGCCUGGACCCAGGCAUCUUGCUUGGGGUCUCAUUUGUACUCUCCCCAUCUUUGAGAACCAGACUGUGCUACAGAGAAGGGCUGAGAGCAAGAGAUCAGAGUCCCGAGACUGGUCUCUAGCAGCCACCUUUCUAGCCUCAAUACAGUAUUGUGGGGGGAAGAUGGCUGGCAGCCUUGCCCCUGGUCCCUGAGUGGAGGACUCAGCAAUGGUUUGGUGACACCUCUCAAUGGCUGUCAUUUAGACCCUGUGACUAAUCUCCAGCCUUCCCAGAGCCCAAUGUGCUUCCCACUCUUCUCUGGCUUCUGUUUGCCCACAGAGCCCACUGCAUGUGAACCAGGGAGGCCCACUAGCCUUUAAAAGGGCUCUUAGAAGGUCUAGAUGAAGCCUGGACUCAAUGGGAGCAGAUAAACUGCAACUAAGUUGCAACUUGAGGAAAAAACUUGCCAGGAAACUUGCUGUCAGAAUCAGUUUCUUUUAUUCCCUUGGUCCUCACACCCCCAGGGUGGGGCACUAUCCACCAGCACCCUAAACUAUACUUCCUUAGAAAAUACUUACCUUCCUCCCUGUGCUUCUUGGGCUUGGUUUCAUCUCACACUUGGGACACAAGAUGAGGGGCUUAGGAGCAUCUCCAUUUCAGGUCCCCUCACCUACCCACCCUCCCUCAGCUCACCUCCCUUCCCCAGCCUCUUGGGUCUGAGGCAUUCAAGAUUCUUUUUCAAGUCUGUCCAGGCCUUCCUUUCAUUCCUGUGGGGCCAGAUAGGGGCUUUGGAAGGGCCUGAAGGACCAUCAUGAGGCUGAGUUGCCCCAGAACCCCAGGACAUGGAUGGAUGGGCCCAUUUUCCCCUUACUCUUUGCUCGUUUUCCCCAGGCUCCUUAUAUAGUCCUUCUUUCAUACUUUCCCUUCUUAUCUUUACAAAAGGAUGUACCCUCUCCUUUGUCUUCCCAUUCUCCCCUGCUUCCUCAUUUUUGCCAGGGUCUAUCCCCUCCCCAGUCCAGGGCAGCCUGAUGCUAUUGGUGCUUCUUCACUUUGGGACCCAGUUCCAUAUUUGUCUUUUGUGUGUCUCCUCUUCCUGACACCUCCUCAGUCCCUCUCUGGACUCCAAGGUCAGAGAGUGCUAACUGGGCAAGGGCCAUCUGCCUCCUACCAACUCAAAACACUCCAAUCUGCCCUAGUCAUAGGACUGCUCAGGGAAGGAUGAAGAGGGAAGAAUCCAACCAUUUUCCAAUCCAGUGCCAACUGGCCCACUUAGCAUCCCAAAGGUGAAUGUGUCCUGUGCCAAUCUGUCCCCAGGACUGAGCUUACCCCCUUCAACCUUCUCACCUUCCUUAAUGCCACCCAUAGUGGCAUGUGCAUUACUGGAGUACCUGGGGUCAGUACCUUUGACUUAGGGCCAAUUAUUUCCUCUUGGAGUCAGAGUUUCCCCACUUGACAGGGAAAGUGUGAGAUUUACAUCCCUCAAAGCUCCUGAGACCUUCAGUAAUUGAUUUUCUUUUUUAGAUUUUGGGAAAAGGAUUUGAGGAGAAAGAAAGAAGAUGGUGAUGAGAAUGUUCCUAAAUAUGAAAUUCUCUGUCCUGAGUUGUGCCCAUAGUUACUUAAGGACAAGGGGGCGGGGGGAUGUCAGUUUUGCCUACAUGGUCAGAGACACGGAGAAUAAAGGGGUGACCUUCAUUUUUCUUCAGGCUAGCCCCUGUGGGGGGUCUUUGAGCAACUUCCACUACUUCUAUUAUUUGGAUUGUGUCCUUAUUUAUAAUUUAUUUGAAAUGGAUAAAGUGCUCUCAUUUGGGGACUGAAGUUAGCAAUGCCCUUCAGCUGGGGAAAGUGGGUAGGUAUUCACUCCCUAGGAGGAAUCCCAGAACUCUCAUUGGGGUAGAGAAGACUCUUCCUUCUCCUGAAGUGGCUGGCUCUUCUCAGUCAGAAGAGACUAUGGCCUCUCUCCCCAUGGUUUCCCUAAAAGGCCAGUUCACCUCAUUACCUCCAGAGGGUUACCUGGGCCAAGUGCCAAGGACAGGGCUGUCCUUAUAGGACUCAUGUGUCCUCCAACCAGGGCUGGCAUCAAUGUUUUGCCUAUUGGGGCCUGAGGUAAAAGAGAGUGUCUGAUUUCUCCAACUGCUGCAGGAGGCCAAAAGGCAGGGCACUUGCCCUUUGCCCUGGUAGAAUCUGGCCCUGCCUGAGUGCCCACCUUGGAUCUUUCCUGAACAUGAGUUCCCCUCAACAUUGUGGUCAUAGGUCUCCUACUUCUGGGAUUGCAGGUCAGGGGUGGGGGGAGAAUGUUGCAUGUUGUUUUCUGGUGCUUGUUAUUACACAUUUGAAUAAACAGUGCUGCAAGCAUUUGCCAUGAAGGA